CAGACUGGGUGACAACAACAACAACACCAGUCCAAGGUUUGUCUGAAUUAGACGGAGCCGCGCGGUGAUACACGGUCCUUUGUCCCGGUUUUUCGCCGGUGGGGGGUGAGCAGGCAGCGCGCAGAGAUGUGGAUCCAGCCGGAGGAGGUGCUGCUGGCCGGAGCGCUGUGGGUGUCUGAGCGGGCCAACCCGUUCUUCAUCCUGCAGAGGAGGAGAGGACACGGCCGCGGGGGUGGACUAUCCGGUCUCCUGGUUGGGACUCUGGAUGUCGUUCUGGACUCCAGUGCCAGAGUGGCUCCUUACAGGAUCCUGCUGCAGACCGCUGACUCUCAGAUCUACUGGAACAUCGCCUGUGGCUCAUCCAGGAAGGAGAUCACGGAACACUGGGAUUGGCUGGAGUCCAACCUGCUGCAGACCAUCUCCAUCUUCGACAACGAUGAAGAUGUCACCACCUUUGUCAAAGGAAAAAUAUCUGGAAUCAUAGCGGAGGAGAACCGGCUGAAGCAGGGGGAGGAGCAGGAGGAGGAUUGUGGGAAGUUUCGUGAGGCAGAGCUGAAGAUGAGGAGGCUGUUUGGGAUGCCUGAUGAGGAGAAACUGGUGAAUUAUUACUCCUGCAGCUACUGGAAGGGCCGGGUGCCACGGCAGGGCUGGCUCUACCUGUCUGUUAACCACCUGUGCUUCUACUCCUUUCUGCUGGGCAAGGAGGUGACCCUGGUGGUGCAGUGGACGGAGGUGACCCAGCUAGAGAAAAACGCCACCCUAGUGUUUCCUGAGAGUGUUCGCGUUAGUACGCGUCACACUGAACAUUUCUUUUCCAUGUUCCUUAACAUCAACGACACCUUCAAGCUGAUGGAGCAGCUCGCCAACAUCGCCAUGCGCCAGCUCCUCGACAACGAGGCGUUUGCUGCCGAUCGCUCUCUGCCAAAACCCUGCAAAACCCUCAAGAACGUCUCUGCGCUCAAGAGGGAUUUGGAUGCAAGGGCAAAAAAUGAGCGGUACCGGACGAUGUUCCGGCUGACGCAGGACGAGCGUCUGGACGGACACACGGACUGCACGCUGUGGACGCCGUUCGCUAAGAUGCACGUGGUCGGACAGCUGUUCAUCUCCAACAACUACAUCUGUUUUAACAGCAAAGAAGAAGACCUGUGUCAGCUUAUCAUCCCGCUCAGAGAGGUGUCCAUUGUGGAGAAGGCUGACAGCAGCAGCGUCCUGCCGUGUCCUGUCUCUAUCAGCACCAAGAACAAGAUGAACUUCCUUUUUGCCAACCUCAAAGAUAGAGACUUCCUGGUCCAACGCAUCUCAGACUUCCUGCAGCGAACGCCUGACAGCUCAUGGGGUGACACCAGCCCACUGUCUCUGAUUGGCCACUCGGCAUCCUCCAGCACCCCCUUGUCUUCAUCUGCAGGGUCUGAGUCCGUCCACAGGGGACGUCAUUACCACCCCGGUCUGCCCACAGCCAGCCAGGGUCUGCUGCAGCUCUACCACCGAGAUGCUCCAGAGGACCUGGGACCCAAAGCCAUGAAGGAGAAGAUGAAAGAGGAGGCAUGGAACAUCCAUUUCUCAGAGUUUGGUCGGGGUGUCUGCAUGUACCGAACCUCCAGAACCAGAGAACUUGUCCUGAAUGGGAUCCCAGAGCACCUGAGGGGAGAGCUGUGGCUGCUGUUUUCAGGAGCGCAAAAUGAAAUGGCCACCCACCCUGGUUACUAUGGCGACCUGGUGGAGCAGGCCAUGGGGCUGUGUUCGCUGGCUACCGAGGAGAUCGAGCGUGACCUUCACCGUUCCAUGCCGGAGCACCGAGCCUUCCAAAACGAGACGGGCAUUGCGGCGCUGCGCCGCGUCCUCACUGCCUACGCCCAUCGUAACCCGGGUAUCGGAUACUGUCAGGCGAUGAACAUUGUCACCUCCGUCCUGUUGCUCUACUGUCCGGAGGAGGAAGCCUUCUGGCUGUUGGUGGCGCUAUGUGAGCGAAUGCUGCCCGAUUACUACAACACUAGAGUUGUAGGUGCUCUAGUGGAUCAGGGGGUGUUUGAGGAGCUUACCCGAGCCUUCCUCCCCUUACUGUAUGAACACAUGCAGGAGCUGGGAGUCAUCUCCACCAUUAGCCUAUCCUGGUUCCUCACUCUCUUCCUGUCUGUGAUGCCUUUCGACAGCGCCGUCCUAUUGGUUGAUUGCUUCUUCUACGAGGGAAUCAAGGUCAUCUUCCAGGUGGCGCUGGCUGUGCUCCACGACAACAUGGACGCCCUGCUGUCCUGCAGUGACGAGGGGGAAGCCAUGACCAUCCUGGGGAGGUACCUGGAUAAUGUUGUGAAUAAACAGACGGUGGCUCCGCCCAUCCCUCACCUGCAUGCCCUGCUGACCAGUGGAGACGAUCCUCCACCUGAGAUCGACAUCUUCGACCUCAUCAAGUCGUCCUAUGAGAAAUUUGGCAGCUUGCGCUCUGAUGUGAUCGAGCAGAUGAGGUUCAAGCAGAGGUUAAAGGUCAUCCAGUCGCUGGAGGACACGGCCAAGAGGAGCGUGGUUAGAGCAAUGAUGACUGAGUCUGCCUUCAGUAUUGAGGAGCUGGAAGAGCUGUAUUGUCUCUUUAAGUCCAAACACAUGACCAGCUGUUAUUGGGGCUCCAGUAGCUCUGCAGCCGAGCGUCACGAUCCCAGCCUGCCGUACCUGGAGCAGUACCGUAUCGACCCGGCCCAGUUCACCCAGCUGUUCACCACACUCGCGCCUUGGAUCUGUGGUGGCCACACUCCGACACUGGCGGCCCGCCUCUUCAAACUCCUGGACGAGAACCGAGACGGACUGGUCAACUUCAAAGAGUUCAUCACUGGACUCAGUGGGAUGUACCAUGGAGACAUGACAGAGAAACUCAAAUUGUUGUACAAGCUCCACCUCCCACCAGCUCUGUGUCCUGAGGAGGCAGAGUCUGCUCUGGAGGCAACACACUUCUUCACUGAGGACGUACCAAGAGAAUCUUCCUUCCUGUCUGAUCUGGACAUUUUGGGGCAACAGGAAGUGACAUCAGGUGAGGAGGGGAAGGAUGGAGGUGGUGACAGUGAGGAGAAGAAAGAGGAGAAGGUGAAGGACUAUAGGUACUACCUGAGGAUGUGGGCCAAAGAGAAGGACCCCAAGACAGAGACCAUCAAAGACCUGCCCAGGAUGAACCAGGAGCAGUUCAUAGACUUGUGUAAGACUCUGUACAACAUGUUCAGUGAGGAGCCUCUGGAGCAGCAGCUCUAUCACUCCAUCGCCACCGUGGCCAGCCUGCUGCUGCGUAUCGGAGAGGUCGGCAAGAAGUUCAACAACGGCGGCAAGAAGGCCGACGACGCCGCCGCUCAGGCUCAGCCCGCCGCUCAGACUCUGGCCCCCGACCCUCAGAGGGAGGACGGGCUAGGUGAGGGGGCGUCAGGUGAGUCUCAGGUGUGCCGGGCUCUGGCCGAUGCUCAGCUGGAGCCAGCGCCUCUUCAGAUGUCGGACGAGGAAACCAAAGACGACACGUCUGUGUCGUCGUACUCAGUGGUGAGCUCUGGUUCGCUGCAGUGCGAGGACAUCGCCGAUGACACCGUAUUGAUUGGUGGCGGUGAGCAGAGGCGGGGCAGCGUACUGGAUGUUGAUUGGUCAAUCACCUUCGAACAGGUGCUGGCGUCGCUGUUGACGGAGCCGCCGCUCGUCGACUACUUUGAGAAGAAGAGGGACAUCCAGGUCAAGAUGGCUGCCUGUAAGGCCCAGCGGGCAGUGGAGCGUCAGACAAGCUCCGCCUCCGACCACGAACUCACUCAGCAUUCUGUCUGACUCACUUUAUCCUGACCACCUGACUCACAUCUCCACCUGACCACGUGACUCACCUCCACCUUUCCAACUGACUCAGCUGAACUCUGUGCUCACCUCUACCUGACCACCUGUUCAUCUGACUCACGUCCACCUGUCUCCCAGAUCACAUAGCUCACCUCCACCUGUUCACCUGACCACCUGACUCACCUCCACCCAACCAACUGAUUCACCUGACCUCUGGACUCACCUUCACCUGCCUACUUGACCACCUGACUCACCUCCACCUGUCCACCCAAAUCACUUCCACCUGACUUACCUCCGCCUGUCCACCUGACCUUGUGAUUGACCUCCACCUGACCGGGCCGCUCAGGACCAACAUGGAUCCUUGAUUUUAAGAUAAUCAGCUGAUCAGGUGGUUUGCAGUGAUGUCAGGUUGUGAUUGGAGCGACUCUCCUGAUGUUACUGUGGCAGACUCAGACUCUGAUUGGCUGCUCAGUCCUGCAGGUACAGUGAGAGGAAACAGGUCGUCAUCCUGGAUAUGAUGAUGUGAUGUUACAGACUCACCUGUGAUGACACUGUCAGGAGCUUUGGAGUUUCUACAGGUUUUCUUCUUCACGUCUGUCUGAGACUGAAAACAAGUAAACCAACAAUCAGCUGAUGAGUCCAGGUGACCUUACGAUACAACUCAAAACGUCCUGCAGGUGUUUCAGUCAGAGCCCUUUGGGACGGGUGAGGGGGUGGCUUUUGAUGAUUUUGAAACCAAGUACAUCACUCCAGGUAAACACGGGCUCUGUCUACUUCUGCAGAACUUAGAAUAUCUGUUUUCUUGUUGAACGCAGCUCUGCACAGGAUCAGAAGGUGGAUCAGUGGGCCGCUCAGGAGUUGGAUCAACAGGUGUAUCAGGAGGUAGAUCAGCAGAGGGAUCAGCAGGUGGAUCAGAAGGUAGAUCAGUAGGUGGAUCAGCAGGUGUAUCAGCAGAUGGAUCAGCAGGUGGAUCAGGAGGUAGAUCAGGAGGUGAAUCAGCAGGUGGAUCAGCAGGUCUCUGCAGUUAGAUGUGUAUAAACAGUCUGAGUCUCUGCAGGAUCAGCUGAACUGAAAACUAACAAACCCUAGCAGACGAGCAGGUAAAGCAGGUAAAAGGUGUGCUGGCAGGAUUACGGAAGCUCUAAAGUCCCAAAACAUGUUUUUUACAUGUUGAACAAACUUUUUCUUGCAAGUUAAAGACUAAAAUGAUCUCCACAUAAUUACAUGAUUUCUGUCUAUAUUUUAGUUCUAAAACCUAAUUUUCUUAAAAUAAGUGAAAGAAUCUGACAGUUUAGUUCGGUAACAUCAACGUGGUUCUGAUACAAACGGUCUAUUUCUAUAAAUGACAGAAUGAACUAGAAACCUGUGAGCAGGUAAACCAGGGUUCAGUCACCUGAUGCAACAAGAAUGAAACUUUAUUUACUCAGUUACAUAAAAACUGACUGAAUGAGGACGUGAACAGUUACCUGGAGAAAAUAAAAAUAAACUUGUUUAAUGCUCAAAUGUUUUAGUUUCCUUCUGUACAGUUCAGAUAUAUUAAUUGUAUAUUAAUCAUGAGGUUGUAUUACCUGAAUAAACUUGUGUAUCUGAUUCACUCAGGUGAGUUCACACCUGCAGACUUUUAUUUUGACGUCACUGAAGCCUUGUUUGCCUGUUUCUGAUGACAUCAGUCCUGUUUACUUCCUGUUGAAACAGUGAUGUCAGAGGAUUCUCUGUUGUCAUCACUGUGUUUAUUCAUCAGUCUGCUUUUAGAAUCCAUUUUAUUAAUCAGUUAUUGAUCUGUAUUCUGUUGUCUAAUAAAUACUGAAGGAAAUUCACUUUUUUCUGCAGUGUUUAUUUAAGUAAGAUUCAGCUGCAGCCACACUUUUAGUUUCUUCUCAUUUCACAUUAAAACUGAUUUAAUUAUUUUAAAAAUGCAGAAAUCUGUCAGAUGGUUUCAUUUGUACAUUGUCAACUCUUUGUUAUAUUUGUUAUUAUAUUCUAAUAAACAGAAUUAUGAUGAUUAUAGAUGGUAUGAAACUGAAAAGUAAAAUCCUAUCAUGCAACAGCAUUGAUGUUUUUUCUCAUUU